CCGGAGUUAUUAAACGUGCUAGGAAUUUUUAUUUAAAAACAUUUAAACUGUAAAGAAAUAGAAAAGAAAACAAUCUUUGGUGUGAAGUGUAAAAAAAAUUUGCGAUGAAAGUCAACAGGAAUUUGUUGAUGGUUGCAGCGGUCAAGGUCAAAAACAUGCGUCUCCAUAAAUGGAUGUGGAGUGUGAUGGGAGUCGCGUAUGAAACGCAUGUUAAGUUUAAAGAAUUGGCAAUGAAAACAGAUGAAAAUGGACGGACGAUGCUGCAACUAGCGGUAAUGCACAAUAAACUUGAAAUAAUUCAGUGGAUUUGGAAGAAACUCGACAAGGAAGUUUUUAAUAUUAAGGAAUUGAGAAAUUUCUUUACAAAAAUUGACUUGACUGGCAAGAAUAUUCUUCAUUUAGCGGCUGAGCAUUGCAAAGAUCCAAAAAUCCACGACUGGCUAUGGGAAAUGGCAAGUCAGAAAUUCGGAAAAGAGACAUUAAAGGAACUGACUGAUCGCGUUGAUAAAGACGAACGAAAUUUCUUCCAUCUUGCAGCAAUUUUUAACUCAAAUGCAGUUUUUACUGAGCUUUAUACUUUAGCAAAGAAGCAUCUUGGUGCAGUUGAUAUGAGGAAGCUGUUAAGGAAGAAGGAACUUGUGUAUGAUGAGAAUGUCUUCGAUGUUGCUAAGCAACAUGCAAAGGACUCGAAUAUUCAUCAGUGGCUGAAGACGAAAAGACAUAAAUAUUUUUAAAGGAUGUACUUUUAUUGUUAUUUUGUACUGUUUGGUGAUCAAAUGAGAAGGGUUUUGAGAAAAAUGACAAGUGACACAGUCAAACAUUCAACAGUCAAACAUGUUGUUAGUGCUUGUGAUUAUAUGUAUAACCAGUCAGCAUGUGUGAUUGACUUACAAAAGCUGUUUAAAAACAGCACUCCGUAUUAACAACCCUUUUGUGAAUCUUACCCAGUUAAAUGUAGAGACAAUACUGAAUUCAAAGUAAUUUGCAAAGAGAACAUAUCAAAGCAAAAGACAGAAAAUGAGGUUAAUGAACUCAAAUGCAGUUUUGACUUGUGAUUAAAUCAGCGAAACCUGAUCGGCAUAUCAUGUAACGGAACUGAUAAAUCAGGUCAUUAUUAUUUUUGAUCAGACCGAUGUCUUUGAUCUUAUGUUUUGCACUUCCCUACGAGAAUUUUCGAAGGUUUUGUAUCUCAAUGGGCGUAGUCAGGAACUCAUUUCUGUGUGGUCAAACUGUCAGUUUGUAGGAAUUUUCAGUCAUUUGCUUGGAAGUUUUAAAGAAAUUAAUCCUAAACUUCCCAAAUAGCUCCUCUGCCGAAAAAUAUAAUCUGCCUAUCUCGAAUAGGUUAAGUCGGCUAAUUGAUCAUAAAUCCGGCAUCAAGCUGGUACAAAAAAACAUGGUACUAAACUCAAUUUAAAUCUGGUACUUUUCCAGAAUCACACCUGCUUGGUACCGGAUUUCUGAUUGAUUAAUCAACUUUUGCUAUACCCGAAUAGUCUCUUCGUCUCUUCUUUUUUCCAUUUAAUUGUCCGAUCAAUAGUUUAUCAACAAAGAAUAGAGUAACCAACUCCUGCAACUCCUUACGUAGCACAAACAUUCAAUUAUCAGCCAUUUUUCUCAUUUGAUCACCAGCAGUUCCACUAUCAUCAAUUAUUGUUAAACUCUUGUGUCAUAAUGUCAUUUUAACCAUAUUUAGUAAUUUAAAGAUGCUAAUAAUAAAAUAUUAUGUUAAUAUUUGCUAAGUC